AUGACGCUGGUCAGCGGAUUGGUGCCCGCCCGUUUCCUGACCCUCACGGCCCAUCUCGUCAUCAUCAUCACCAUCUUCUGGUCCCGGGACAACAACGUCCUCGCCUCGCUGCCCCUGCAGUACAGCCAGCAGCAGUACCAGCGCCAGGACGUGGAGCUGGUGGUGGCCCUGUCGGUGACGCUGGGCUUGUUCGCCGUGGAGCUGGCCGGCUUCCUGUCCGGGGUGUCCAUGUUCAACCACACGCAGAGUCUGCUCUCCAUCGGGGCCCACACUGCCGCCGCCGUGGCCCUCCUCUUCUUCCUCUUCGACCAGUGGGACAGCAGCCUCUACUGGCGGAUCUUUGCCUUCUGCAGCGCCCUGCCCGCUGCCUUCGAGAUCCUGCUCUUUGUGUCCGUCUUCGGGUUCAAGAGGAAGCCCCUGUGA